AUGUUAAUUGCGGAGUACGCGGCGGUGCUGGAGCGCUACAAGCAGAAGGCCGGCCUAACGGAGCUUGACCCCGAGACGAUGGCGGCCGCGGAGAAGCGCUUCGCGCGCGGCCUCGCGCUGAUGGGGGAGGGGCAGCUGCCAGAGGCGCUCGCGAUCUUCAACGAGGCGCUGUACAAGCGCCUCAAGGGGCACCCCAGCGGCGAGGUCGGCCGCAAGGCGCGCCACCUGGUGUACGGCUUCCAGGCCAUGGAUUUCUUGAAGACCAAGGAUGUGACAUACUCAGUUGAUAAGAAGGCUUACGACAAAUACUUCAGGCAGUUUGCCGACCAGUCGCGGGUGUAUGUGGCGAGCGAGGAAGAGCGCGCGGCAGACGCGCUCGCAUCGCGGAACGCGGCGCUCGUGGCGGCCGGCGUGGUGCUGGCGCCAGUGGCGGUGUUUGCGGCUUACGCUCUCGGGAGGUAA